GCCUCGUCAAAAGACAAGAUCAGAGCUUAUGACUAUGGAUGCUGCGAGCAAAGAAAUUCUCCGGCACGUAUUCGGCGAUUCGUCGGACAGCGAGGACUGGGAACCGGGCGAUGGAUCCGAUUCCGACCCGACCCAUUUCUGGGAACCAAUCAAACAAAUCAAAGGGCUGUGGUUGUGCAGAGACUUCCUCUCUCCUCAGCACCAGUCCUCUUUGCUCUCCACAAUCCAAAACGAAGGAUGGUUCACUCAAGCCUCUCAUAAUCAGGCAAUGAGGUUUGGGGAUCUUCCAGCAUGGGCGGACGAGCUUUCGCGUUCUAUUCACAAGGUUGCGCUUGCAAGUGACUAUGUUUUUGAUCCUAUUGUUUUGGGAAGCAAUGAUGGUGUGAAGGAGAAUGCCUCUCCAUUUCCAUCCGAUCUUUUGUGCAGAGAGCCGCUCUUUGACCAGCUCAUUCUAAAUUCUUACCAACCGGGUGAGGGGAUCUGUGCGCACGUUGAUCUCAUGCGCUUCGAAGAUGGAAUUGCCAUUCUCUCCCUGGAGUCGUCAUGUGUGAUGGAUUUUAGUCAAGUUGAAGGAACAAGUAGGGAAAAUGAUCCCCCUGUGGCCAAGAUUCCAGUUUACCUUACCCCCGGAUCCCUAAUUUUCAUGUCAGGAGAAGCGCGAUACCAUUGGAAGCACGAGAUCAACCGCACGCCUGGAAUUCAGAAGUGGGAAGGGGAGGAACUAACUCAGACGAGGAGAAUCUCCAUAACCCUGAGGAAGCUCUGCCAAGUUGAGUAGCUCCUUGUAAGGAUUAUUCAGCAGAAUAUCUUUCUACUUUUCCAAUUCCUUGGUCAUCAAGAUGUUAUCACUUCUGUCACAUUUUCGGGUUAGAAUGUACUGUUUGCAGAAUCGAAUUUGAGGAUCUGAUUGCACCUGGAAAGCGCGUAGUUUCGCGAAUUGGAGAUGACAUUGCCCUGUAAACGGAGCCAGUUUGAAAGUAAUGCUUAAGGAAGCAGAUUAUCCAAGAUUCCAGUGGCCAAGAUGAAUGCUUAAGGAAGCAAAUUAUAGACUUACUUUUGCAUUUUUUAAACGUAACAUGGUAAACCAGAAGAUAUCCGUUCAAUUUUGACAUGUGUGCAUAAACUUCUUCAAUCAUAUGGUCACGAUUGUUCACGAA